AUGAAAGAGAUGGAUGAUGACGAGCCAGCAACUCUUCGAUGUAUGAAACGUUUUUUGACUGUGGCUGAGGUUCCUUCGCAUUCUUCUUGUAAUCCUCAUCAUCAGACAGACAACUCUGUUCUUGAAUCAUUCAUCAACAACUACCGCCCAUUCCAAACAAACAACACCAUCCGUUAUAGGAAUCAUGUACAUGGAUCUCAUGCAUCAUCUUGUCCUGUUGAUAACUUGUUGCAGAAUACUCUCCACCUUUUUUCCUCGAUAUCCUCCCACAAGAUCAGCAAUAACAUGACUACGACAUGUAUGAAACCAAUUAAUGGUGGAGGUGAAUCUCUUCGAGAUGAGGAGACUACGGAGGGUGUUUAUCCCUCUUGUUCUUCAACUUUGCUCCCUUGUAAAUCUAUCACCUCUCUCAGCAAUUAUAAUACCAACAACCACAAAGACAACAACCACAUGACGAGCAUUGCAAUCCCUGUUGGUGGGGCUUGCUGUUCUUUGGAUGACUUUGUUGCUUUUCCAUAUCAUCACCCUCCAACAACAACAACAAUUCACAAUUCCACCAUCGUGCAACCCAAAGACACCCUCUCAGAGCAAGAAGAUGAAUGGCAUCAAAGAAUUACACAAUUAGCAAUGGUUGUUGCCGAUAAGAUUGAACAAAAAACGAUAUAUAAUCGAUUGAACGGUUCUUCUUCCUCGUCGUCAUCUCUGUACGAUAGCAUCAAUCCCGACCUUUCUGGUUGUGUUCAUGAGAAGUCAUCAUCCAUGUGUGGUCGUAGUAGUUCAAGCCAGCAUCGUACAUCAUCUCUACCCAACAUGUUGUUGACGUCCCUUCUCAACCAAGAGGAUUCAUCACUUCAACGACUUGGGGAAGAUCCCAUCCAUGAAUUAUUGCUCUCAACCUUCACCAAGACCUCGAAUCGAUUCAUCGUUGAUUCCGCACUUCAACCAUCAUCAACAACAAUAACUAGUCUCACGAACAGCAGUGUGGACCAUCAAGAACAACCUCAACAACAAGAAUCAAUUCGAAAUAGCGGACUUGUGCUGAGUGAAAGAAUUGAAUUUCAUUUCCAAUUCUGCUCUUUUCCACCAAAAUUGGAAAGAAUCAUUACGGCAGAACCUCCCUUGACCUUUGAGCAAGCAGGUCUCUUACCACCUCUCAAUUUAAAAUUGAAAUUCACACAUGAUGAGGUGCAAGAAAUCGAUCAACUGUUGAAUAAUAGGAUUCCUUCUUCAGGAAGAAAAAGAAAUGCAGCAGCAUCCACACAAUCUGCGAGUCAUUGCUCUCAAAACUUCAACAACAAUAACCACAUGAAUAAGCAUAAUAUUCAUACUAGCACAGUAGAAGGGAGGGAGGUUUCUUACAAAAAUCUUCAUGAAUUUGUAUUUCCUGUUCAUAAUUCUCAACUUCUCUCAAUACAAGAAGAAGGAACGAAAAAAGAAUUCGAUCCAGCAUUGGACCCGUGUACAUUAUCCUUGUCGAGUCAGUGUGUGGUGUCGACGUUAUCCUCUGAUGAGAAUUGUCAUGAAGACGAUAGCUCAGUAUUUCCAAUCAUGGAAGAAGUCGUUGAAAUUCACCAUGCACAAGAGGAAGCUGAAGAAAAACAUCGCCUUGCCGGACAGUUGUCACAACCCCAAACAACCCCAAACAACUUCAACACAUUCUUUGCAAAAUUGUAA